UGGUGCGGUCCUGGGGCGGGGCGGCCGCGGCAGCCACGUGAGGCGCUGUCAGUGCCGGGUCCUGCAGCUCCGCGGAAGGAAGCGCCCAGAGCCCGCAGCAUGGAGCCGCACCGCUGGCUGCCCCUGGAGGCCAAUCCCGACGUUAUUAACCAGUUUCUCAAACAGUUAGGUAUACAUCCUGACUGGCAAUUUGUAGAUGUGUAUGGUAUGGAUCCAGAACUACUUAGCAUGGUGCCAAGACCCGUCUGUGCAGUGCUACUUCUCUUCCCAGUAACAGAAAAGUAUGAAACAUUCAGAACAGAAGAGGAAGAGAGAAUAAAAGCCCAGGGACAAAAUGUCAGAUCAUCAGUAUAUUUCAUGAAGCAAACCAUCAACAAUGCUUGUGGAACAAUUGGACUUAUUCAUGCUAUUGCAAACAACAGAGAUAAAAUGAACUUCGAAUCAGAUUCUACAUUGAAAAAAUUCCUGGAGGAUUCGUUACCUAUGAGUCCUGAAGAGAGAGCCAAAUAUUUAGAAACCUAUGAAGCUAUUCGUGUUACUCAUGAAUCCAGUGCCCAUGAAGGUCAGACUGAGGCACCAAGCAUUGAUGAAAAAGUAGAUCUUCACUUUAUUGCGUUAGUUAACGUAGGCGGUCAUCUCUACGAAUUAGAUGGGCGCAAACCUUUUCCAAUAAACCAUGGACAAACUAGUGAUGACACUUUUUUAGAGGAUGCAGUAGAAGUUUGCAAGAAAUUCAUGGAACGUGACCCAGAAGAAUUAAGAUUUAACGCAAUUGCUCUGUCUGCAGCUUAAUUAUCCCAUUUGGAAAAGCUGCACCACUAAUAUAUUGUAACAAAAUAAAAAUAUUGCCAUAUAUUAUGUACGACUUUUGAUACUUUCACUGAUAUGUUGAUUAAUUUGAGCAUAUGUGGAUUAAAUCUUGAAUUAGUCUUUACUGCA